AUGACUGUCUCUCAAGCAGUAUUCAACUUGUUCAACCGCAAAGAAACGCAACACAAAAAACGCAAACUCUCUCUCUCUCUCUCUCUCUACAUAUAUCUUUCUCCGUCGCUAUCUCUCUGUAAAUAAUAACACCUUCCACGAACCUUCUCUUUCACUUCAAUUCUUCUUCCUUCAUCAUCAUCAUCAAUCCUAUCUAUGCUUUUUUCCUUUCAUUACUUCACUUAUUUCUCAUGAAUUGGUUUUGACAGGUUCAUGAAGAAGGAUACUGUUUUCUAAGAUUAUUACAAGACACGGAUUCAUUGUGUUUUGUCUUGCUUUUCAACUUUCUCACGAUCAUGACUUUUCAUCAAGAUAAAUUUGUUAGAUUUCAGGACUGGAGUUCAGAGGUUAACUCUCCCGGAAUAAUUCACGUAACGCAGUCAGGGAGAAUUAAAACUACACUGAAAUCAGUUUCAAACAAGUUUCAAAGGGGAUUUGAGUCUAGUUCUGAGAGGAUAAAGGGAUUUGCAAAAAAACCUUUCAAAUCUUUUUCACAAAGCAGUGCUCUUACUAGAUGUUUUAGUUCUAGAAAUAAAAUUCUUGAUCCUCAGGGUCCUUUUCUUCAAAAAUGGAACAAGAUAUUUGUGUUAUCGUGUCUUAUUGCUGUAUCGAUUGAUCCUUUGUUCUUCUAUAUCCCUGUGAUUGAUGAUGGCAAGAAAUGUCUUUCACGGGACAAAAAAAUGGAAACUACGGCAACUGUUUUAAGGUCUUUCUCCGACAUUUUUUAUAUUAUUCAUAUCAUUUUUCAAUUUCGUACUGGAUUUAUUGCUCCCUCUUCUCGAGUAUUUGGAAGAGGUGUGUUGGUUCAAGAUGCUUGGGCAAUAGCAAAGAGAUAUAUGUCAUCAUAUUUCUUAGUUGACAUUCUUGCCGUUCUUCCCCUCCCACAGGUGGUUAUUCUAUUUAUCAUUCCGAAGAUGACAGGCUCAGAAUCACUGAACACGAAAAACUUGCUGAAAUUUAUUGUAUUCUUCCAAUAUGUGCCACGGUUUAUACGAAUAGCUCCACUAUAUAAAGAGGUUACAAGGACCUCUGGCAUUCUCACUGAAACAGCAUGGGCUGGAGCUGCAUUUAAUCUCUUUCUUUACAUGCUUGCAAGUCAUGUUCUUGGUGCCUUUUGGUACUUGUUUUCUAUAGAAAGAGAAACCACAUGCUGGCAAAGGGCUUGUCAAAAAAAUACCACGUGUAUAAAGGCAGAAUUGUAUUGUGAUGAUCAUCAUGGUUUGAGCACAAUUACAACAUUCCUGAAUGCUUCAUGCCCAAUACAGAAUCCAGAUAAAAAACUCUUUGAUUUUGGAAUUUUCCUUGAUGCCCUUCAAUCUGGAGUUGUGGGGUCAAUGGACUUCCCACAAAAAUUCUUUUAUUGUUUUUGGUGGGGCCUAAAGAAUUUGAGUUCUCUUGGUCAGAACCUGGCAACAAGUACCUUUGUUUGGGAAAUCUGCUUUGCAAUUUUCAUUUCCAUUGCUGGUUUGGUAUUAUUUGCAUUCCUCAUUGGAAAUAUGCAGACAUAUUUACAGUCAACAACUACAAGAUUGGAGGAGAUGAGAGUGAAAAGGAGAGAUGCAGAACAGUGGAUGUCGCAUCGACUACUCCCUGACCACUUGAGAGAAAGAAUCAGACGACAUGAGCAAUACAAAUGGCAAGAAACUAGAGGUGUUGAUGAAGACAAUUUGAUCCGAAAUCUUCCCAAGGAUUUAAGAAGGGACAUCAAGCGUCAUCUCUGCUUGGCUUUGCUGAUGAGGGUGCCAAUAUUUGAGAAGAUGGAUGAACAACUUUUGGAUGCAGUGUGUGACUGUCUCAAACCAGUACUUUACACGAAAGAAAGCUGCAUUGUUCGCGAAGGAGAUCCUGUUGAUGAGAUGCUCUUCAUAAUGCGCGGAAAAUUGUUGACCGUGACAACAAACGGUGGAAGAACAGGUUUCUUCAACUCUGAAUACCUCAAGGCUGGUGACUUCUGUGGAGAGGAGCUUCUCACAUGGGCAUUAGAUCCUCGUUCUGCAUCCAACCUUCCCAUCUCAACCAGGACUGUCCAAACUCUUUCAGAAGUGGAAGCAUUUGCUCUAAAAGCUGAGGAUUUGAAGUUUGUUGCAUCUCAAUUUCGGCGCCUUCACAGUAAGCAGCUUCGCCACACUUUUAGAUUUUACUCGCAACAAUGGCGUACAUGGGCUGCAUGUUUCAUACAAGCAGCGUGGAGGCGGUAUUGUAAAAAGAAGCUCGAAGAGUCUCUAAGGGAAGAGGAGAAUAGGCUCCAAGAUGCAUUGGCCAAGGAAGGUGGUAGUUCACCUAGCCUAGGUGCCACAAUAUAUGCUUCAAGAUUUGCUGCAAAUGUCCUUAGAGCCAUACGUAAAAAUGGCUCAAGGAAGCCCAGGGUGCCGGAGAGACUACCUCCCAUGAUGCUCCAGAAGCCUACUGAACCAGAUUUUACUGCUGAAGAGCAAUAGUGUAAUCAAUGGAGAUGGAUGCCUUGUGCUGUAAGAAAAGAAAAGAAAAGGGUUGUCGCAACUGAAAAAUUAAAAUGAAAUUUUCAUAGGAAGACCAAGAUGUCAGUUUUGUUAUUUAUUUUAUUUUUGAAGUUAGCGUAAAAUAUAGAAUGUGUAUAAAAGCAUUGAUUAUUAAGUUGUAUAUACACGUAUAUGAUUGUUGCUAAAAUGAUUUCAAAUGAAACUGGUGCGGAAUAAGUAUA